CCGCGCGUCCUUCAGUUACGACAAGCAGCCAUCGCGAGCACACGCGUAGUGAAGUGUCCAGUGAACGUUUAUGCUAAUCCGGAUUCAUACAUCGAGUACAACUCUAAGGGCUGGCCUGCCACUCGCCCGGACUUCGCCGCGACCAGCGGUGGGAUAUUACGACGCCACAACCAGCAACCACGUAGGCACAAGGAGAACACGUAAUGACAGCAACACACGGCGGCGGUGAAGAUCACCGGCCUGACAAGGACCCAGUGUACACAAUCAAGACCGGCUUCAAGAAUGACGGCUUUUCGGCCGACUCCAUCGACGACAUCGUCAAACCACCCCCCCUCCCCACCACGGAGGAAGACAACUUCGCUUCGGGCAAGGUCAAACUCCCGCGCAACGAGAAAUGGAGGAUACUAAAGAACGUCGCGGCCGUCAGUGCCGCUUUCAUGGUCCAGUUCACGGCGUUCCAAGGCACAGCCAACCUGCAGUCCUCGAUCAACGCCGCCGACGGCCUGGGGACUGUAUCGCUCAGCUCCAUCUACGCGGCGCUGGUGCUGUCCUGUAUUUUCGUUCCUACCUUCCUUAUUAAGAGGCUAACUGUGAAAUGGACGCUAUGUCUGUCCAUGUUGUGCUACGCUCCGUACAUCGGAGCGCAGUUCUACCCCGCCUUCUACACGCUGGUUCCGGCCGGUGUGGUGGUCGGACUGGGCGCAGCACCCAUGUGGACGUCCAAAGCUACUUACCUGACGCAGGCUGGUAGUGUUUACGCGAAGCUGACAGACCAAGCAGUGGACGGAAUCAUUGUCAGGUUCUUCGGAUUCUUCUUCCUCGCCUGGCAGACUGCUGAGCUCUGGGGAAACCUCAUAUCUAGUUUAGUAUUCUCGUCGGGCGUGCACGCGGGCGGUGCGACGCACGAUAACAGCAGCAUGCUGAAGUGCGGUGCCAACUUCUGCAUGAUCGGCGGUGGCCACAUGGAGAACCGCAAUCUUCACCGCCCUCCCGACAGCGAGAUCUAUGAGAUCAGCGCCAUCUACCUCGCCUGCGUCCUCGUCGCCGUGCUCAUGGUCGCACUGCUUGUGGAUCCCCUAUCCAGGUACGGUGAAAAACAACGUAAGGCAGACCCUUCAAAAGAAGUGACAGGCAUCCAACUCCUGUCUGCAACUGCGUAUCAGCUGAAGAAGCCAAACCAGCAACUGCUUAUCCCUAUCACGCUAUGGAUAGGCAUGGAACAGGCUUUUAUCGGAGCUGACUAUACUCAGGCUUACGUGUCGUGCGCGCUCGGUAUCCGCUCCAUUGGCUACGUGAUGAUUUGCUUCGGCGUGGUGAAUGCGCUCUGUUCACUCCUCUUCGGAACAGCCAUGAAGUACAUCGGACGAUUCCCCAUACUUGUCAUGGGGGCUGCCCUCCACUUCAGCCUGAUAAUCUGGCUGCUCAUCUGGAAACCAAACCCGGAAUCUCCGACUGUAUUCUUCGUUAUCUCCGGACUCUGGGGAGUGGGUGACGCCGUGUGGCAGACGCAGAUAAAUGGUAUCUACGGCGUUCUCUUCCGGCGCACAAAGGAAGCGGCCUUCUCGAAUUUCCGUCUCUGGGAGAGCGCUGGUUUCGUGGUAGCAUAUGCGUACUCCACGCACCUCUGUGCACGCAUGAAGCUCUAUGUCAUGAUGGUGGUGCUCAUAGUUGGCUUCGCUGGGUACCUCAUCGUUGAGCUACUGCAUAUGAGAAAGACCCGCCGACUGAAAGCCAUCGCCGAAAACCCUGUAGCGGCCGCCGAAGCCGCCAAACAACCGCCAGAAGAAGACGACGAGAAAGACGAAAUCGACGACGACAUAAUCAUCACCCACCUGUAGAGUGUCCGCUAGCACGCCAUUCGCACGACGAGGAACGGAACCUCUACACCUGUAGGCUUAGCAUAACAACGUAGAAACGGGAAAGAAUGGACAUUUCACUUUGUCUAUUCUUCCGUAGAAAGAAAGCGCUUUUAUGGUGACCAUGGUAAGCCUGCUGG